ACAUGUUUUCUUUAUUAUCGAAAAAUAACAUCGAUCAUCUCAAAUGUUGCGUUAUGUGUGACAUCAUCAUAAACAGCUUGAAAUGCUAUUUGGGCGGGAACGUCGCUGUGUUUACCGCUGUGCCGGGUUCCGCAGGUGAUGUCCGCGCCAUCAGUCCAGUCCUCCAGUCCAGCGGGCGGCGUCACACUCUCUCCUGCGCUCUGUGUGAUCCGUGAGCGCCCAGUGUAAAAGAAGAGGAGGCCUGUUUAAUUUCUCGCCCUCUGGUAGCGAAGUUCGCGUCCGCUCAAAGUCGCUCGUUUGACAUCGGGCUCAUGUCGAAGGACGGCCGGCACGAUGGACGCCGGCGCGGCGCGGGUCAGCAGCACCGGCUCGGGCUGAGGUCGGGUCAGAGCGGGGACGGUAGAGACAGGUCGGCCAGUAACAGCUCUGGAUCAUCUCAUGGAGGAGGGAAAGGCAGGAAUACGCCCAUCAGUAUAGCCCUAAAGGCCUCUUUCCAGCGGUCCAACAGCCAUGACAAGGUGAGGAAGAUCGUGGCAGAGGAAGGCCGGGCUGCUCGAAACCUCAUCGCAUGGAGCGUCCCAGUGGAGAGCAAGGAGGAAGAGGCUAAAACGAAGAAUCAUGGUAACAGCAAUGCAAGAGCUCAACGAAUCAACUCCGGGCUCCACAGGAACAAAAAGCAGAACUCAGUACUGGACUGCAAAAAUGCACCUGGGUCGAUACUGGACAAAGGACCUGAGAAGAGCCCCACCAAAACUAGACAGCCACGGAAGGUGGACCUCCGAGCACGAUAUUGGGCCUUCCUGUUCGAUAACCUACGGAGAGCAGUGGAUGAGAUCUACGUCACCUGCGAAUCCGACCAGAGCGUGGUGGAGUGCAAGGAGGUGCUGAUGAUGUUGGAUAACUAUGUCCGAGACUUCAAAGCUCUAAUUGACUGGAUCCAACUACAGGAGAAGCUGGAAAAAACAGACGCUCAGAACAGACCCACGUCUUUGGCUUGGGAAGUCCGAAAGAUGUCACCAGGGCGACAUGUAAUGUCCAGCCCCUCGUCAGACCGUAUUGUUCCAUCACCUGGCGUUCGCCGUGCCCUCAAUUUUGGGGGGCCCCCACCAACUUUGGCUGUGGCCCGUCUCUCCCACACUGGACCAAGCUGGGCUGACCGAGUCAAGUGUUCCCAGUCCCUUCCUGUCCCCAGCCCAAGUGUCAACGUCCCUGCUGAAAAACCAGCAAAGAAAGAUGCAGAGGGCUGGGAGACGGUGCAGCGCGGGCGUUCCAUGAGGCCACGCUCCAACACCAUGGUGGCCAAGGUAAGCCCCGUUCUGGCCCACGUAAGCCCCAAAGACGACAGCGACAAGGAGAACCAGCGCAUCCAGCCCUCACCCCAGGAAAAAUCUCAGGAGGUGAGGGAGCAAGAGCAACCCGCACCCCAAGAGCAGAGCCAAGAGACGGAAAAGACCCCCGUCAUCGAGCCCCCGGCAGAAAAUAUUGAAGAGCCAGGGCAGAGUUUCAGCGCCCCCACUGAGGACCCGCCACCCCCCACCUCUGACCCCACGCCACCCCCUACCACUCCGCCUUUGCAGGCCCAGUGCCCGGAAUUGGAUUCCGAUCCAGGUCCUCCUCCCGUAACCAUUUCCCAACCAGAGGAGCCGGGUACUGGGCAAGCCAAGGUAGAGCAGGGGAUGGAGGGGUCGGUGUGGAAGGUCGCAGCACCGUCGGCAAAAGCGGAGGCAGCCGUCUACGUUCCCCUGGCAGCGAUGACGCUGGAGUGCAUGCUGGACCCCACAGAACUUUCCACCCCCCAAUCCAUGGCUGAAGUUUUGGCUAAGAAGGAAGAGCUGGCCGAUCGCCUGGAAAAAGCUAACGAAGAGGCAAUCGCGAGUGCCAUCGCUGAGGAGGAACAACUGACACGGGAGAUCCAAGCGGAAAACAACGAACUGGAGACUGACAACGAGAGCGACUUCUCGGCAAGUAUCGGGAGUGGAAGUUGUGGCUUGAAUUUAGACUGGAGCGAGAUGCUAGCUGAUUAUGACGCUCGAGAGCCCUGGCGUCAGAGCACCUCCUGGGGUGACAUGGUGGAGGAGGAGCCGUCUCGCCCGCCGGGUCAUGGCAUUCACAUGCAUGAGAAGCUGUCUUCUCCGUCACGCAAACGAACCAUUGCAGAGUCGAAGAAGAAACAUGAAGAGAAACAACUCAAAGCCCAGCAGCUCCGAGACAAACUGAGAGAGGAGAAGACCCACAAGCUGCAGAAACUUUUGGAAAGGGAGAAGGAGGUGAGGAAAUGGAAAGAGGAGCUGUUGGAUCAGAGGAGGAGGAUGAUGGAGGAAAAGCUGCUUCAUGCCGAAUUCAAGCGAGAGCUUCAACUCCAGGCCAUCGUGAAGAAAGCACAGGAAGAGGAGGCGAAGGUGAAUGAGAUUGCUUUUAUCAACACUUUGGAAGCCCAGAACAAGAGACAUGACGUUUUGGCAAAACUGAACGAAUAUGAACAACGACUUAAUGAGUUGCAGGAGGAACGCCAGCGCAGACAGGAAGAAAAGCAAGCUAGGGAUGAAGCUGUUCAGGAGCGUAAGAGGGCCUUGGAGGCAGAGCGGCAGGCGCGGGUGGAGGAGCUUCUGAUGAAGAGACGAGAACAAGAAGCCAGAAUUGAGCAACAACGGCAGGAAAAGGAGAGGGCGAGGGAAGACGCAGCUCGGGAGAGAGCCAGGGACCGUGAGGAGCGUUUGGCUGCUCUUAGUGCAGCUCAACAGGAAGCCAUGGAAGAACUACAGAAGAAAAUCCAAAUGAAGCAUGACGAGAGCAGCCGUAGACACAUGGAGCAGAUCGAGCAGAGGAAAGAAAAGGCCGCGGAGCUGAGCAGCGGAAGACACGCCAACACCGACUACGCCCCCAAACUCACCCCUUAUGAACGGAAGAAGCAGUGCUCACUCUGUAAUGUUGUGAUCACCUCUGAGGUCCACCUGUUCAGUCACAUUAAGGGAAAGAGGCACCAGCAGGCAGUGCGGGACAGCAGCAGCAUUCAAGGACGGGAGCUGUCCGACGAGGAGGUGGAACACCUGUCUUUAAAAAAGUACAUCGUAGACAUCGUGACUGACAGCAGCGUGCCCUCCGACAAUGCGAAAGAGGGAGAAGAGAGGCAGAAAGCUCGGAAAAAGGCCAAGAAGCUGCGGGCACGCAUGAACUCAAGGGCUAAGGAGUAUGAGACAUGCAUGGAGGCCAAGACCCAGACCCCCGACUCUCCUUACAAGGCGAAACUUCAGCGUCUGGUGAAGGAUCUAGUAAAGCAGCAGCAGGGGCAGGACAGCGGCCAGUGGGCCAGUAACAAAGUGUCCGGCCUGGACAGAACCCUGGGAGAAAUCUCUCGCAUUCUGGAGAAACAGAAUAAUGCAGAUCAGGUAGCGUUUCAGGUAGGAGGGGGUUUGACCGCACUGGAACAGAUCCUACAGGUUGUCACCGCAGCCUCCAGUCCCACAGCAGUCCCCCGUAUUCCUCACAAGUCCCUCUGCGCUGCCGUGAACACGUAUUACCUGUCCUGCGUACGCUGCCACAACAACUGUUCCUAUGUUCUCUACAGCAACAAAAUUACCUUUCUCAUGGACAUUCUCCUCCAUCAGUUAACACUCUUCGUGCCAGAUGAGGACAAGUCCAUCUUCGGGCGCAGUGUCAAUAAGCAGAUCUUUGAAGGUUUGACUACAGGACUUCUGCAGACAAUUGCAACAGUGCUGGGGCAGUUGCAUCCUCCAAAUUUGGAUGGAGAUGCUCCACGUAUAUGCUCUCCGGAUGCCAAGAGCAGACCUGUUGCCAGUGAGAACUUCAACACACGUGCUCAAGAUCUCAUAAGCUAUGUGGUGAACAUGGGCUUAAUCGACAAGCUCUACGGCUGUUUCCUGUCCAUACAAGGGCCGAUUGACGAGAGUCCCAAGAUGGCUGCCUUUCUCGAGCAAGCCACGGCUUUUCUCCAUGGGAUGUGCAAGUUGUGUUUUGCUGUGACUGGUCGAUCCCUGAGCGUCUUUGACAACAAACGUCAGGACCCCACCGGUUUGACGGCCCUCCUGCAGAGCACCGACCUGGUGGGCGUCCUCCACAUGCUGUACUGCAUCCUGCUCCACAGUGCCCCUCCUGACGCUCUCUCAGCCGGCCCCGUGGGCCCCCAGGAGCCCUACAGCCCCAGUGUCAUCCAGGUGGCCCUCCAGGGACUGCGCUUCCUCAACACCUUCGCCCUACUGGACCUCUCAGCCUUCCAGGGUGUUUUAGGAGCCGAGGGUCUGUCUCUGGCCUUCAGGCACAUUGUGAGUUCUCUGCUGUGGUACUGCUCUCAACAUAGCUCUGAGGAACUGCUCCAUGAGCUCAUCAUCUGCAUCGGCUACUUCACUGUCAACCACCCUGACAACCAGGUGAUUGUGCAGUCUGGCCGCCAGCCCAGCGUGUUGCAGAAACUGUGUCAGCUGCCAUUCCAGUAUUUCAGCCACCCGCGACUCAUCAAAGUGCUCUUCCCCUCGCUCAUCUGCGCCUGCUACAAUAACCUGCAGAACAAGGUCAUCCUGCAACAGGAAAUGAGCUGUGUGCUGCUAGCCACCUUUAUACAGGACUGUGCAACCAACGAGAACCAAUCGGACAGCAAAGCUUCACAUCCAGAGAAGGGCCUGGCUCCUCUGGACUACUGCGAGCUCUCCAACCGCUUCCCCAGAGACCAGUGGGACGCCGCACUUCAGUUCUUCCUCAAGAAGCAAGAGGAGUGAGCGAGCGCAGAGCAGUCGUUUACAAGAGCACAUUACACACAUUCACGAUAAGCCGAAAUGUACACUUUACAGUGCAAAGCUGUGCCGGAGGGGGUUUAGGGUACGAACGAUGCCGGUAAUCAGACCUUCAUCCAAGCCGUCAAUCAGUAGUGAGGCAUUCCUAGUAAUUAUCCAGUAACUCUAUGUUAACGUAUAUCUUAGCGCACACUGAAAUUAUACUGACUUGUAUUUCUAAGCAAUAGAAUGUUUACAGGAUUUUACCUUAAAUACAUUUUUGGACACAUUCAUAGUGAUCUUGUGUUUCACAAAAGAGCAAGUCCCUUUCUAAGCUUUCUGCAGUUUUCAGAUUGAAGAAUUUUCUGGUUAGUUUAAAUGUUAAGUUUGAGUUUGACUGUAAUUGUGUUGUUUUGUAAAUAAAAGAUAUUGAGGAAUGAUGGAGAAUAAACAGAAGCACUCGUUUAAUUUAAGGAGAAUGACGAGUUACCUCAUCCAUGGUUUUCUUGUUCCAAUUUGUUUCUAUGCAUAAAGUGGAGGAUUCUUCCUGUAGCUGACGUUUUGAUUUUUAAUCAAUUCUGUUGUUGUUGUUGUUGUUGUGAUUCUUUGCUUGUUCGCUUUUUUUA